GCAUCUGUGACUGGGUUGGGAGUUUCGUCCUCGCCUCUGUCUUUGUGGAGGAGCGUGCGAGGAGCCUCUGGAACCGGCUUCCUCCUGCCGUUCAGGCAUGCCUCCAAUAAUCGAAGUGUUUUCGCCCUCACCGGAGCGUCGUCUAGUCCGGUCUCCACCUGCUUCUCGUCUCCCCGCCCCCACUGGGGAAUCCGAGGCCGAGCCCCGGCCGGUCUGGUUUCGUCAGACCUCAUGCUCUCGCCAGACCCAUCUGAGAUGCCUUCCCGGCCGUUUAGGUAGCGCCGGAUCGUUUAUCUGCCUUUAGUGGCGCAGCAUCCCAGGAGUAGCUCUCCGGGUCCAGCCUCCAAAUCAAGCACAAAGAGCCUCUUUUUUAGUUUUUUUUUUUUUUUGGACGCUCGCUCGUCCUGGGAUUCUUUUUGACACCCUUUGCUGAGUGAAGCAGCUUCCAGAUGCUCGAGGCAGUGAAUUUGAGGCCACUAAACAUAGAUUCUCUUUGCUUCCUCUGAGCGUCUCCACCGUUUCCUUAAUAAUCCACCUUUCAAAUUUGUGUCUGUUGAGGCGCGUCCCUUACAUCCCUAUGCGAUGGCCCUAUAUUAAGCUCUUUCCUUUUGGAAAUGGGGUAACACCACGUACCUUCUUUUGGAAUGAAUUACUGCACUGGCCGUGGGAUAGUAUCAGCAGUUACUAAGAAGCGUAGUAGUUAGUAGUGAAGGAGGAUUUCUGCUGUCUGCUGCCAGAGUGGAUGGAUAUUCAGUCACUUUUUUGUACCAAGAGGCAGCGUUUUAUCUCAAGCUAUGCUUGAUGCCCUGAAGUUGGAGGCAGAGGAGGUACCUUGUAAUUAAACAAAUCGCUGAGUCCAGAAUCUGCUGACAGGAAGAAAUCUAAAACAGAAAAAGCCUGACUGCCGUGCCAUGUUUAAUAAUAUCUGCAGAUCAAAUUUCUAUCUAGAGAGAAAUACACUUUUUCUGUGGUAGGACCAGAUUAUGGGCAACAGUCCUUUUAAUUGAUCUAUCAUCAUCAUGGCUAAUGAGGGCUGUGCCAAGGCUGGUGAUAGUCAUUUUUCAUUAGAUAAACAUGCUCAACUCAUCUUGGCUCAGAUCAAUAAAAUGAGGAAUGGAGAGCAUUUCUGUGAUGUGGAGCUGCAAGUUGGGAAGGAAACUUUUAAAGUUCAUCGGCUGGUUUUGGCUGCUAGUAGUCCUUACUUUGCAGCUUUGUUCACUGGAGGAAUGAAGGAGUCCUCAAAGGAUGUUGUACAGAUUCUAGGAAUUGAAGCUGGAAUCUUUCAAAUACUUUUAGAUUUCAUUUACACAGGUAUAGUGAACAUAGGCGUGAAUAAUGUCCAGGAGUUGAUUGUUGCAGCAGACAUGCUACAGUUGACUGAAGUCGUUAAUCUUUGCUGUGAAUUUCUGAAAGGACAAAUUGAUCCACUGAACUGCAUUGGGAUCUUUCAGUUCUCUGAGCAGAUUGCCUGCCAUGAUCUUCUGGAAUUUACAGAAAACUACAUUCAUGUCCAUUUCUUGGAGGUGCAUAGUGGGGAAGAGUUCCUGGCACUUACAAAAGAUCAGCUGAUCAAAAUUUUGCGAAGUGAAGAGCUUAGCAUCGAGGAUGAAUACCAGGUCUUCUUAGCUGCAAUGCAAUGGAUACUGAAAGAUCUAGGAAAGAGAAGAAAACAUGUGGUGGAAGUGCUGGACCCAAUUCGAUUCCCUUUAUUACCUCCUCAGAGACUUGUAAAGUACAUAGAAGGAAUAUCUGAUUUUAAUCUUCGUGUUGCACUGCAAACACUUUUGAAAGAGUAUUGUGAGGUGUGCAAAUCUCCCAAAGAGAACAAAUUUUGUAGUUUUCUGCAGACAUCUAAGGUUCGACCUCGGAAGAAAGCAAGAAAGUACCUGUAUGCAGUAGGUGGAUAUACUCGAUUGCAGGGGGGCCGCUGGAGUGAUAGCAGAGCCCUCAGUUGUGUAGAACGUUUUGACACCUUUAGCCAGUACUGGACCACUGUGUCUUCACUUCAUCAGGCUCGAUGUGGACUGGGAGUAGCAGUUCUGGGAGGAAUGGUCUACGCAAUUGGAGGUGAAAAGGAUUCAAUGAUUUUUGACUGUACUGAAUGUUAUGAUCCAGUUACUAAACAGUGGACGACUGUAGCUUCAAUGAAUCACCCCCGCUGUGGCUUGGGAGUGUGUGUAUGUUAUGGGGCUAUCUAUGCUUUGGGUGGUUGGGUUGGAGCUGAGAUAGGGAACACUGUUGAACGAUUUGAUCCUGAUGAGAAUAAAUGGGAAGUAGUUGGCAACAUGGCUGUGUCACGGUACUACUUUGGGUGUUGUGAAAUGCAAGGUUUAAUUUAUGUGGUUGGGGGCAUCAGCAAUGAAGGAAUAGAGCUUUGUUCUUUUGAAGUUUAUGAUCCACUUUCCAAGCGCUGGUCUCCACUUCCUCCAAUGGGAACUAGAAGAGCAUAUCUUGGGGUUGCUGCACUCAAUGAUUGCAUCUAUGCUAUUGGAGGGUGGAAUGAGACACAAGAUGCUCUUCAUACCGUAGAAAAAUAUUCCUUUGAAGAGGAAAAGUGGGUUGAAGUUGCCUCAAUGAAGGUGCCUAGAGCAGGCCUGUGUGUUGUGGCAGUCAAUGGGCUUCUGUAUGUUUCUGGAGGUCGAUCUUCCAGCCACGAUUUCUUGGCUCCAGGUACCUUGGACUCAGUUGAAGUUUAUAACCCUCAUUCAGAUACAUGGACAGAAAUUGGCAAUAUGAUUACCAGUCGUUGUGAAGGAGGUGUUGCUGUACUAUGAAAUAGAAAGCAUUAAGACAGCAAAAGAAACAUUUUGAAAAUGCAGAAUCUCACCUUUUGCAAAUCACACUUGUAUUUGGUGAUAGGACCGUUUCUGUUUUCUGUGAAUUUGGUAGAAAAAUGACUAAAGAAUUUUUUUUAAAGAAUUUGAGUGAGAAGUGAUAGUGGAACAUAUCCUAAAUUAAUAAAGAGUUCUCACAAAUUUGCCAAGCUGACUAAAAGAUGCUGUUUAUGCUCUAGAAUUGUCCAGUUAGGAGUAGAGUACUAGUUGUAAAAAGAAUUUGCCAGAAGCUUAUUGGCAAAUAGUUCCUUUAGCGGCUUCUCCAGUUCAAUUUAAGCUAUAACAUGACCAUUGUGUGGUGUAAGAAUAUCAAAUGAGACAGUUUAAAGAUGUCUAUACAUUCAUGAUUCAGCUCAGAGCACAAUAUUCCAUGGCCAUGGUUUAAGUUAUAGAGAAAAGCCAAUGAGACAACUUCCUACUUCUGUUUUAUUCCUACUUUUCACUAACCCCAAACUUUUUAUUGGCAGCAGGUAUACUGGGAGGGACAUGUUGGAAAUAUCUAGCUGUUUAUAUAAAUUUUCACUUGUUGAUAACAGCAUAAAAAAAGCUCUUGUUAACUAAUGUUUUUGUUUUGAUGCUGGAAUGCAAGAGAGAAAUUAAUAGGAGGUUCUUAGUGACAGUCCUUUAUUGCAAUAGGAUGAUGUAUGGGUGAUAGAGGCCAGCUGGUUAUAUGCACCUUUUCCCAAAAAUAUGUGUAGCUUUGGGAAAAGGGAAUUUAUUAGAUUACCAAGCUUUAUGAAGCAUACUCAUACUUGGGCAAGCCUAAGUAUGAACUUAGUACAAAGCCACGGCCUGGCUUGGAGAAGAUGGAAUUGUAGAUCCCCGUACAACUUUUUAUAUACACUAACUCAUAAAUGUAAAAGCUUCUGAUCCAAAACUGCUUCUCAAAACUUAACUUUCUUGAAGAAGCAUUCUAAAGAAGUGUUCUCUAUUUCUGAAACAAAAUUUUGUGUACAUGAUCAUCACUUUUAUUUCUACUAGUCAGUUGGAGCCAUAUACAUUAAAGGUCUUAUACAUUUAGGUUUACCUAGCUGUUCCAGGAUUUGAUUUCUAUAUCCCUGAUUUCCCCUUUUCUUUAUGAAAGUCCUUUAGUAUGUUAUAGGCAUCAGUGGCUUAUUUAGAUAGAAAACCUUUGGUAAGCAUUAAAGACUCAGGUCCAAAAUAUUUGGAUUGAUCCACAAGGAUACUUCCCUUCACAACUUAACCAUAUGUAUAUUUUAAGAAAAGCUUAUGUAGUGCAGACAGAAAGCUCUGUGUCCCAUUCUUUCGGGUAUCCUGAAAGUCUGAAGGGUCACAGAUGGCUGACUGGGAUGUGUAAAAUGUCAAAGAAUGAAGUAUCAAGAUAAUGUAUAAACUAAGCUGUAACUUAUGUGCCUUUAAUAUUUCUAGUUGAGAAUGUGUUCAAAAGAGAUUUACAAAUUUUCCUGUCAUUUAAUUUUCAUUAUUGCCUGGUGCCAGCCUAAAAUGGCAGUAUGAAGGGAGCCAUUUUGUACUGCUAUGAUGGAAAUGCAAUCAAGACAAUCAGUGUUUGGGCUUAAAUAGAUUCAGACGAUGCCUGAAAAUAAGUAAUUGUAAAUAUGCUUAUUUCUUAGAAAAUGACAGAUUGUUUUAAAAAGAAUGUACUAAUAAAGUGUCUUGAAUUUUUUGUUA